GCCCUGCGGAUACGGGGGGCCUACGGACUCCACUCCAGGGGCCCGGCCAACGAGAUCCCUCCUCCGGCCUCUCCUAUUCCCCUCGCCGGGUCACUUCCUGUCCCCUUAAUGGUGAGCCGUGCCCCUCACGGACAGGCGCACCUGAGAAAGGGGUCGGGAGAGACCCAGAGGCUCAGAGAACUGCAUCACUGCUAGCUUGUUGUGAAACCAGCAGUUUCCACCGCAGCGCCCGGUAUUCCAAGCUUCUCCAUCCCUCCAACCUAGGAUUAAGGCUCCUGGUCUCUUCUGCCUCACUCAGGAGUGUGCACGUUUACUCUCCUAGGUCACAGUGUCCCCUAAAUCUCAUUUCCUGUCUAGCAGACAUGUGGGCGCCCAGCCCCCGCCAGCUCUGCCUGGGCUUCCUCUUCAUCUGCGUCCUCUCAGGGAUAUCUUUCUUUCUCUACCUCCAAGACAUAUUCCAAAAUGGCCUUGGCCUAUCUGCGCUGUGUCCGGACCGACACCUGCGGGCAUCCCCAGUAGCCAUCUUAUGCUUGCCGGGCACUGCAUUGGACUCCAACACCUCUUACUGUCCUCAGCACCCUGCCGCUCUCUCCGGAACCUGGACCAUCCACCCCGAUGGCCGCUUUGGUAACCAGAUGGGACAGUAUGCCACACUGCUCGCCCUGGCCCAGCUCAACGGCCGCCGUGCCUUCAUCCUGCCCGCCAUGCACGCAGCCCUGGCCCCUGUGUUCCGGAUCACCCUGCCCGUGCUGGCCCCUGAGGUGGACGGCCACACACCGUGGCAGAGGCUACAGCUGCACGACUGGAUGUCCGAGGAGUAUUCCCGCUUGAAGGACCCCUUUUUAAAGCUCUCCGGCUUCCCCUGCUCUUGGACUUUCUUCCACCAUCUCCGGGAACAGAUCCGAAGUGAGUUCACCCUUCAUGACCACCUUCGGGAGGAGGCUCAGGGAUUCCUGAGGAAGCUCCGCCUUGGCCACCUGGGGUCCCGGCCACACACUUUCGUGGGGGUCCACGUACGCCGUGGGGACUAUGUACAGCUGAUGCCCCAGCACUGGAAGGGUGUGAUAGGUGACCGAGCUUACCUCCAGCAGGCCAUGGACUGGUUCCGGGCCCGGCACGAGGGUCCCAUCUUUGUGGUCACCAGCAAUGGCAUGGAAUGGUGCAGGGAAAACAUCGAUACCUCCAAGGGUGAUGUGGUCUUCGCGGGCGAUGGGCAGGAAGGCUCGCCAGGGAAGGAUUUCGCCCUCCUCCUGCAGUGCAACCACACUAUCAUAACCAUUGGCACCUUUGGCUUCUGGGCCGCCUACCUGGCUGGAGGGGACACUGUCUACCUGGCCAACUUCACCCUGCCAGACUCUAAGUUCCUGAAUAUCUUUAAGCCUGAGGCCGCCUUCCUGCCAGAGUGGGUGGGCAUCAGUGCUGACCUGUCUUCCCUCCAGGCACCCAACAUGUGGACGUGGCCUUGGAAGAAACUAGGGAGGCUUUAUGUGUAGACGGGAUCGAUCUAAAGCCACUCUCUGGAGGCCUGGUGGCUUCUGGGUAAGCCAACAGAGUGGUCCUGGAACAGAUGGCACCCAUUUCAGCGUGAUUCUCCUGGCUAGACUUGGAAAGAAGCGGGGGCUUUCUGGAACUGCUGAACACUCUAGAACCAGCAGAACUUAUUUUCCCGUUGGCCGGUAAUAUCUAGAGAAGCUUGUGGCAGCUCUAGAGAAGUUGUAGUGCCCAUCUGUUCUGCUCUUUCCUGUCCAUAUCCAUAGGACUCCUGAAUGGCUGCUUCCCUUGUAGAGUUAACCAUCUUUAUCUUUUCUAGAUAAGGUGUUACUUUUCCCCUGGGUCUUCAACAGACUGGAGGAAUUCAUGGGUUAUCUAGAGCAAGCAUGUACCAACUCCAUUUCUGAGUGAUUCUAGAAGGGGGAUUGUUCUAGAGAGGACUAGGCUGAAAGCCCGCAAAGAACCCUGCAGGGCCCUUCCAGAGGAGACAGGUUCCAGAGUUCUACAUCACUCUAGGGAAGAAUCUACAAGGCCACAACUGGAAGCUCAGCAUCCCACCACUGCCAGAGAGAUGGGAACAGGACAGCCUUUUGCCUUGUUCAUAGGCUCUAGAAAAGCUGGGGCAGUUGGGAACAGAGCUGAACUCUGACCAACCCUCAGCCCAGGAAAAAGCCUCAGAAUUGCGUUUUGAGCAGAUAGACUAAAUCACAGGUGAGAGGAGAGAGAUAGCUAUAGUUGAAAUGCUGCAGCUUUAAAGCACAAACUUCCAGAGAUCCAGCGACACUAUUUUCUUUUUAAACUCAAAACUGCCAAAGACAGAAAUGGCACAUAUUGGCUCUGGGUUUAAGAUCAAGGAAGCUUCCUCCUCUGCAGUCUACCACUGAGGAUCUGGGUUCUGUUUUCUGCAGGUCGGAAGACUGCAGAAAGCUGGGGCGAUUGUGAUCCUUGGCAACUGUUGUGUAUCCCCGAGCUCCCAGAACCACUGCCUCUGGCUUUGGGCAGAUACGGAAUGAGUAGACCUAAGGAUGUACAGAUCCCGCAGCCCAGCUCAAGCUCAGGCAGGAGCACAGGGUCUGAUUAAGGAGCACUCCAAUUUCAGGAGCUCUUGCUGCUUAUUUGGAUGGUGAAGGAAGAUGUCCUAGAUACAGUGAAAUCUAAUUGUGCCUCAUUCCAAGAACCUGGAUCGCUAGUCUUCUCAGGGAAUUUCAGGGUACCAGUCCCUAUUCCCCUGCCACAGACUGGAGUGGGGGUGUGAAUUAAAAGUCUCUAUCACCAAUCCCUGUCUCUGCAGGUAUUUUGGAGCUGUGUGUGUCAAGUGCAUGUGUGUGUUAAAGUGAAGGGAAAAGCAGAGAGUUUCCAGGGACUGCUUUUUCUGAUAC